AUGUCUAUGCUGGAUGAGACGCACCUACCGCUACCACAAUCACAAGCGGAUUCGAAUACUUAUGUUCUCGGACGAAUCCAUACUCAUGAUGUUGUUCUAGCUUGUCUCCCUGAGAUGGGUCUAGCACCUGCAGCCACGGUGGCGCGGCAGAUGAAACAAUCCUUUCCAGACCUACGUUGCGCGUUACUGGUCGGCAUUGGAGGAGGUAUACCGAGUGAAGGGUACGACAUCCGUCUAGGGGACGUGGUAGUUGGCGUGCCGGGAUCCAAAUACGGAUCAGUUGUACAAUGGGACUAUGGGAAGACCGUCGCCGAAGGAAAAUUUGUCCACUAUGGCGUUCUGAACGACCCUCCGGCGGUUCUACUGACAGCUGUCAACGCUCUUCGGGCCCGGUAUAACAUGGGGCAAACAGGUAUUGUGGAGAACCUGGAGUUUGGAUCGUCGCGUAUUCCUUCCGAUAUGAAUGCUCGCGAAGAAAACAUUUUCUACCAGGAUUAUUGGCACGAGUCGCGAAUUCUAGAACGUGGCAACGAUGCUCGGAGCUCACAAUUUGCAAUUCGGCAAGAUGAGCGGCAAUUACUAGAGCGGUUGCUGAGCCAGCCCCCGGGACAAGGUCCGAACUUUGAAAUGGAGCCAAAACUGGCAGAAUUCAUGCAUGAAUACAGAUCUGAGCUACUGGAACAGCUUGCUGAUUUCCCAAACCCCCAGCAGCAACGCGGCCUCUUCGCCGCAAUGCUGCGGAUGACAAAAGGAUCGCUUGACCAUGAUUCCGAUACAUGUCGUACCUUAUUGCACUGGCUGGCCAUGAACGGCGUAUCGGACGUUCUUCCGAAGCUAAUUGAUAUCGGGUUCGAUGUGAACCAUAAAGAUUCAGAUUGGCAGACACCUCUUCAUCUCGCAGUCAUCGAAAAUCACUUUCCUACUGUCGCUGUUCUUGUGCAGCAGUGCCAUGCUGAUGUGCAUGCGAAAGAUCUAAAUGGUCUACUCGCGUGGCAUCAUGCUCUCCAUAUCGACUGGGAUAACUGCGCCGACAAUGACGAGCGUGAAAAAUCCCGGAUUUCCAUCAUCAGGCUCCUAGCAGCCUUCACAAACAUAGAAUCGAUCAAAGGCGCAAAGGCUCGGAAGAGUCUAUCUCGUCUGAAGACGGACCCGGAGGCAGUCAUACUUCUAUGA